AAUUGAGUUGGUUUGAACGUAAUCUGGAAGUAUGGCGUCAAUUGUGGAGAGUUCUAGAGAUCAGUGAUGUCAUUUUAAUUGUGAUGGAUAUUCGAAAUCCCAUGUUACAUUUUCCUCGCUCGUUGUACAAAUAUGUGACACAUAAAUUGAAGCGAAAGAUUAUUGGUAUUUUUAACAAGGUGGAUCUUGUUUCUGAAUUUACAGUAUUUGCUUGGAGAAAGUAUUUUGAAGAAGAAUUUCCCAACUUGCGUAUUGCCACAUUUAGUUGCUUUCCCAGAGAUCCCAAUUUGAUUGAUGAUACAGCCACAUGUAAACAUGAAUUGUUUGUAUGGAAAGCCUUCAACUCACCACUUUAUUUUAGAUGCUCUCAAGACUCAGAUGAAGAGGCCUAGAAAACGUUACUUUCAUGCGCAAGGUGUACAAAAUAUAUUGUCUGUAUGUCGUGAUACCGUGAAUAAGCCUGGAGUACAUGUGGAUUGGAAACAUAUUAUUGCUCAAUACAAUGAAGAUAAUCCCGAGAUGAAUGACGACAGCGAUAAUGGCGAUGAUGAUAGUGACACGGGUAGUAUGGAUGGAUUAGACGACGAAUUCAGUAGGAUCUUGGAAAUUACAGGCAGAGAGAUCAAACCCCAUACUGAUUAUUUGACACUUGGACUGGUCGGACAUCCUAAUGUUGGUAAAAGUAGUCUCAUCAAUAGCAUUAUGAGAAGAACUGUGGUUAGCGCAAGUCGUACACCUGGUCACACAAAGCAUUUUCAGACUAUUCAUAUUGCUGAAAAUGUUCGACUUUGUGAUUCACCCGGUCUAGUAUUUCCUGCAUUAAUUCCUAGAGCACUUCAGAUUCUUUCUGGUAUGUAUCCUAUUGCACAAGUGCAGGAACCAUACAGUGCUAUUAGAUACCUUGCCGAGCAUAUCCAGUUGGAGAAGGUGCUGUCAAUUACACCACCAGUGGAUUGGGAUAAGAGCGAAGAGUAUGUAUGGACGGCAUGGUCUAUCUGUGAAGAGUUUGCAGAGCAAAGAGGAUUCCAUACAGCAAAAGCAGCACGACCUGAUGUUUACAGAGCUGCCAACACAAUUCUGCGUCUAACAGCGGAUGGUCGAAUUCUGUUAUCUUUUAAACCACCUGGAUUCUUUACUUCAUCCAAAUAUGAAAAACUUCGUGUAAUUGAAGCCGAUUUGAAGGAGGAUUCAGAAGACGAUGACGAUCCUUCAGAAGAUGAAUAUGAUCCUGGAAAUGUGCCAAAGAGACAAAACUUGUUAAUUACGAAAGGUGGCUUUAGUGCUUUAUUAUCUGAUUCAGAAUAAAUGUAUUAAUAAAAAUUCAGCGUGUUACACCAAUA